GCGGCCGCAGCCGCGUUGCGGCGGGGAGGUGGGAGCCGCGCUUGGCAGCCGGCAGAGGGGAACGUUAUAAAAAGCCUUUGUCUCGGGACUCAGCAUCGCAUCUCUCUCUCCUGCCGCCCGACGGUGCUGCUGCUGCUGCCGGCGGCGGGGGCGAGAGCCACAUUUUCGGCUCGUUUGUUCUUUUCGCCGCCCCAGGCAUGUCUUGACACAGCCGCGAGAGAGCCCGGCGUUUCCGUGCACUUCCGACGGAUGUCUUCGGCUGGGGCGAGAGCGGUGGGGGUUUGAGACUUGGUAGCGUAUCUCGGUGCGAGCGUCCGUGAGAUUCCCAUGAUCGCAGCGUGAAGGAGGAAGAACUGGAAGAAAGAAGCAGUUGUAUUGGUUUCUCUUCUUGCUGGGUCAGCCUUCCUGGAUGGUUGCGCUACUGUCUUGUGGACACAUUGUCAAGCGCGCACAGAGAGAGAGGCUUGAUUAUUUUCUCCCGUGUUUGGUUUUCGUCGUGAUCUCUGUGCAGAAAUCCCCACUUUUCUCGCAGUUCGCCGGUCCGCACUGAGCAGCAGGAAUAUGCUCAUGAAGGAGUACCGGAUCUGUAUGCCUCUGACAGUUGAAGAGUACAGGAUUGGACAGCUGUACAUGAUCAGCAAGCACAGCCAUGAGCAGAGUGACCGAGGGGAGGGGGUGGAAGUGGUGCAGAACGAGCCCUUCGAAGACCCCAACCACGGCAAUGGGCAGCUGACAGAAAAACGUGUCUAUCUCAACAGCAAACUGCCUAGCUGGGCUAGAGCAGUUGUUCCCAAAAUAUUUUAUGUUACGGAGAAGGCCUGGAAUUAUUAUCCUUACACAAUCACAGAAUACACAUGUUCCUUUUUGCCUAAAUUCUCCAUUCAUAUAGAGACAAAGUACGAGGACAACAAAGGAAGCAACGACAGUAUUUUUGACAAGGAAGCGAAGGACCUGGAGCGCGAGGUUUGCUUCAUCGACAUCGCCAGCGACGAAAUUCCCGAGCGCUACUACAAGGAAUCGGAGGAUCCCAAAUAUUUCAAGUCACAGAAGACUGGGAGAGGCCAGUUGAAAGAAGGCUGGAGAGAGACCCACCAGCCAAUUAUGUGCUCCUACAAACUUGUGACUGUGAAAUUUGAAGUCUGGGGACUUCAGACCAGAGUAGAGCAGUUUGUGCACAAGGUGGUCAGAGACAUCCUGCUGAUCGGGCACCGGCAGGCGUUCGCCUGGGUGGAUGAGUGGUACGAUAUGACUAUGGAUGAUGUUCGAGAAUACGAGAAAAAUAUGCAUGAAAAAACCAACAUUAAAGUUUGCAACCAGCAUUCAUCUGCUGUGGAUGAAAUAGAGAGCCAUGGCAAAGCAAGAACAUGACAAUGGAUGAAGUCCGAGAGUUCGAACGAGCCACUCAGGAAGCCACCAACAAGAAGAUCGGGGUUUUCCCACCGGCAAUAUCUAUCUCUAACAUUUCCAUGCCUUCCUCGACCCGCAGUGCUCCAUCUAGUGCUCCGUCAACUCCUCUCUCCACAGAUGCUCCUGACUUCCUGACAGUUCCCAAAGACCGGCCUCGGAAAAAAUCUGCUCCAGAAACUCUCACUCUUCCAGAUCCAGCCAAGAAAACCUUUUAAAUGAACCCUGCAUGUUUCCUCCUGAUAAGCCAUGUCUGCCACAGCAAGAGUGACAUAACUCAGUUGCUACAAAGGUCGUGGUGGUUUGUUGGUUGUUUCUUUUUGGUUUGUUUUGGUUUGUUUUUUUCUUGCUUAAAAUAAUCUUCCCGGUGUGGAAAGGUGACUUCUUUCCUCAGACUCGAUCCUUAAAACCUUC